AUGAGAGAUAGGCCCGUCAUAAGCAUCAGAAAUUACACCAUAUACUGCGGCGAUGCUGAUGAAACGAAGAUAGACGGCUGCGCGAUAGCUGUGAGGAACGAUUACAAGAACCUGGUGGAGGAGUUUGACUCAACGUCGUCUAGAUGCGCCUUUCUACGACUGUGGGAUCGCAGAGGACGUAAACUCUGGAUCGUAAGUGCUUACGCACCUACGGAAACCGCUGAGGACAACAGUAAGGACGCCUUCUAUGAUGAACUCAAUGCGUUGAUGUCUAAAAUACCAAGCCAGCAGGUGGUCAUUGUCGGAAUCGACGCAAAUGCGAAGAUGGGACUCGAACAGCAAUCCGAUGUGCUAGGAAAAUGGUAUUAUCCAGCGGAGCGCACGUGGAACGACGGUGGACGUCUUGUCGACUAA